CUGGGUGGUUAUUCGAGUCGAUUCGAUCCGAUUCGAGUCGAUUCGAGUCGAUUCGAGCCGAUUCGAGCCGAUUCGAGUCGAUUCGAGCCGAUUCGAUCCGAUUCGAGUCGAUUCGAGUCGAUUCGAAUCGAUUCGAAUCGAUUCGAAUCGAUUCGAAUCGAUGAAAAAUUGGGGUUUUCGCCUUCACAGUUACUUCUGGGUGGUUAUUCGAGUCGAUUCGAUCCGAUUCGAGUCGAUUCGAGUCGAUUCGAGCCGAUUCGAGCCGAUUCGAGUCGAUUCGAGCCGAUUCGAGCCGAUUCGAAUCGAUUCGAAUCGAUUCGAAUCGAUUCGAAUCGAUUCGAAUCGAUGAAAAAUUGGGGUUUUCGCCUUCACAGUUACUUCUGGGUGGUUAUUCGAGUCGAUUCGAUCCGAUUCGAGUCGAUUCGAGUCGAUUCGAGCCGAUUCGAGCCGAUUCGAGUCGAUUCGAGCCGAUUCGAGCCGAUUCGAAUCGAUUCGAAUCGAUUCGAAUCGAUUCGAAUCGAUUCGAAUCGAUGAAAAAUUGGGGUUUUCGCCUUCACAGUUACUUCUGGGUGGUUAUUCGAGUCGAUUCGAUCCGAUUCGAGUCGAUUCGAGUCGAUUCGAGCCGAUUCGAGCCGAUUCGAGUCGAUUCGAGCCGAUUCGAUCCGAUUCGAGUCGAUUCGAGUCGAUUCGAGUCGAUUCGAGCCGAUUCGAAUCGAUUCGAAUCGAUUCGAAUCGAUGAAAAAUUGGGGUUUUCGCCUUCACAGUUACUUCUGGGUGGUUAUUCGAGUCGAUUCGAUCCGAUUCGAGUCGAUUCGAGUCGAUUCGAUCCGAUUCGAGUCGAUUCGAGUCGAUUCGAGCCGAUUCGAGCCGAUUCGAGUCGAUUCGAGCCGAUUCGAAUCGAUUCGAAUCGAUUCGAAUCGAUGAAAAAUUGGGGUUUUCGCCUUCACAGUUACUUCUGGGUGGUUAUUCGAGUCGAUUCGAUCCGAUUCGAGUCGAUUCGAGUCGAUUCGAGCCGAUUCGAGCCGAUUCGAGUCGAUUCGAGCCGAUUCGAGCCGAUUCGAAUCGAUUCGAAUCGAUUCGAAUCGAUUCGAAUCGAUUCGAAUCGAUGAAAAAUUGGGGUUUUCGCCUUCACAGUUACUUCUGGGUGGUUAUUCGAGUCGAUUCGAUCCGAUUCGAGUCGAUUCGAGUCGAUUCGAGCCGAUUCGAGCCGAUUCGAGUCGAUUCGAGCCGAUUCGAUCCGAUUCGAGUCGAUUCGAGUCGAUUCGAGUCGAUUCGAAUCGAUUCGAAUCGAUUCGAAUCGAUUCGAAUCGAUGAAAAAUUGGGGUUUUCGCCUUCACAGUUACUUCUGGGUGGUUAUUCGAGUCGAUUCGAUCCGAUUCGAGUCGAUUCGAGUCGAUUCGAGCCGAUUCGAGCCGAUUCGAGUCGAUUCGAGCCGAUUCGAAUCGAUUCGAAUCGAUUCGAAUCGAUGAAAAAUUGGGGUUUUCGCCUUCACAGUUACUUCUGGGUGGUUAUUCGAGUCGAUUCGAUCCGAUUCGAGUCGAUUCGAGUCGAUUCGAGCCGAUUCGAGCCGAUUCGAGUCGAUUCGAGCCGAUUCGAAUCGAUUCGAAUCGAUUCGAAUCGAUGA